GGUUAAUGAGUAACAGUGAGUGUUGUGAGUAGGAGGAGUGUCAGUGAUAAUACACGAUAAUAUCAGUGAUAAUUUCUCCGUUAUAUUACUGUAUGACUGCAGCCUUUUCCAGGUAAACAAAACUUAAACCUGAAACCGAAACUAAACUCCAGUCUCCUUCACAAGGUGAUACGACAUUAACAUGGCCACCCAGCGCCCCUACCUGUGCCAGAAAAUGCCCUUUACAGGCCAAAUCCAAGGAGGUCUGUUUGAAGGAAAGAUCAUCACUGUGACAGGACGAGUUCUGGCAGGAGCAGAGAGGUUUUGUGUGAAUCUGCAAUGUGGCACUCACAAAUCCUGUGAUAUCGCCCUUCACUUUAACCCACGCUACAUGGGUAACUCGGGUCACGUGGUGUGUAACACGCUGCAGAAUUCCUGCUGGGGUUCAGAGCAACAGACCAAAAACACCCCACUUCCCAGAGGCUUCGACUUCACCCUCAGCUUCCUGGUCAACCGAGACUCCUAUUCGGUGAUCGUGAACGGAGCCCACUUCCUGGAGUACUUGCACCGCCUCCCCAUCUCCCGCGUGAACGCCAUCUCAGUGGACGGAGGUGUAGAAAUCGUGUCCAUCGCUUUCCAGAACCCGAACUUUCCCAUCAACCAGAGAGGAUCUCUGAAGCAUCAAGUGGUGCAGAAGGUCGGAAGCUCGGUGACCCAUGGAUCACGCUGGAAUAGGCAGGGACAUCAGCAGCACGAGAUCCCGGUCCAGGCGGCUGCUUGUUGCUUUGUCGCUGCACCGCCGCCAUACAGCGCACCUGCUUACGUUUUACCGUACAAAACUAUUAUUCAGGGUGGAUUUUACCCGGGCAGAGGCUUCACCGUACAGGGCUGUGUCAACCACGACACUGACAAGUUCAGCAUCAACCUGCGUUAUAACUACGGCAUUGCUCUCCACUUGAACCCGCGUUUCACCGAGAACGCAGUGGUGCGUAACAGCCUUGUGAAUGAGUGCUGGGGAAAUGAGGAGAAGAGCGGCGGCAUGCCCUUCUACAGAGGCCAGCAGUUUACGGUGAGCGUCACGUGCGACACUCAGUGCUACAGGAUCGCCGUGAACGGCACCCAGAUGUUCACCUACAACCACCGUUACUUCCUGUUUCAGCAGAUCGACAUCCUGGAGGUCGAGGGAAACAUCAGUCUGAGUUCUGUUGUAGUUUAAGGGCUGGUUUUGACGUUCCAGGCUUUAAGCUAUAAAACUGUAAAACCAGUUCAAACCAGAAUAAUGCUUCAAAUGUGCGUUGACUCAUACAGUAGCUUUGUUAUACAGAUCUGUAGGAGUCUUUUAUUUAGGACUCUCGUGGUUGUUCAUAUCAUAUGUUUGUCCUGACACACACAAACACACACACACGUAGACAGGGUGUUUUUAGGAGGGAUUUAGCUACGUUUAUAUGCAUUUAGAAUGUGUGUUUGCAAAUAAACGAGUCAAAAAAAUUCGAAACGGGUUU